UCAUACAGUUAUUCUGCAAUUUCUUAGAGCGAGUGAGGUUGCCUCUGUGAACGCUGGUGGGCUUUUUAAUACUGGCCUGUGGCUCUGCCCUCAGAGCAGGGAAGCUCCUCCUCUUGGUGGUUCCCCUUUCGGAUGUUUCCUCCCCAGCUGAAGAGGCCGGCAGGCAGCCAGGAUGGGACACAGCUCACAGGACCCCCACCUCUGCUGGACCACCAGGCUCCUGGGAGUCAUUAGCCUGCUCUGAAGUGGGAGUCUGGGCAGGCUGGCUGUCCAACCCUGGGCGAGCCAGAAGUCUCAGCUGUGCUCAGCCACUCCAAGGACUCUGUCCCUGCAGGGGGGACAGUUGGAGGAUGAGACUCCAUCAGCUGCUCAGGCCCUGGAGGGACCAGGAAAGCCCUGGCUGGACCUUGACACCUACAGGCACCAAGGAAGUUGAAGCCACAGGAAGACUGACUCCUGCAUCCCAUCCCUGUACUCAGGAGGAGACUCCCAAGAGGGGCAGCUGAACAGGAGGAAGGGACACCAGCCUGGAACUGGGAAUGUGUGGUUCUGACCUGGGGGUGCUGGUCCACUAAUGCCCAUCAUGAUAACAACAGCAGUGAAUGGGAACAGCACAGUUAUUGAAUACUGUGCCCAAAGCUCUUUCUGCUUACAUCCAAAGAAGAAUUCACUGAACUCCCCACUUCUGGGCCAAACAUUGAAGCUGGCGUGUUCACUGAGACGCUGUUCCCAACAGCUAAGAUGUGGAAGCAGCCCAAGUGCCCGUGAAUGGAUGAUUCCUUGGAAAAAGGAAAUGUGGCGUUUGUACACUGGGGCAUGUUACAGAUACUCACAAGUGAGAGACGUGACACAAGGAGAAAUCUGCAAAUUUGGGGUGCCUGCAGCACUUUAGCCAAGAGUUCUGGAGCUCAUGGAUCUGGGAUUAAAGGUUUUAGAACCCACACUUAUCUGAAGGCGAUCCAGGGAGGUUCGGUCUUGUUGCAAGUGAUCCAGGAGCCAGAGGAUCCCAAGAUACAGGAGAUCUCCUGGGGCUUCACCUCUGAGUCAAACUCCACAUUCAUGCUGAGACUCCAGAAUGGGAAGGAAGAUCCACUAUGGCUCGGUCUCCAGGACAAGUACAAGCAGAGGGUCCAGGUGCCCAGUAUGUCAUCCCUGAGGAUUAACAAUGUGACCUCACAGGACAGUGGGCAGUACUGGGCCCAGAUCAUGUUUCAGAUGGGAGGAGAAAUUAAACCAGUUUUCCACCUCACUGUUUACGAUCCUGUGCCCCUUGCCCAGAUCUGGACCACGUCAGCGUCCAUCACGCCCAGCUGGUGCAAUGUCACUCUGGAGUGUGGGAACCGAGAGGCUGUAGAGGUCCUGAAUGUAACCUGGGAGGUCCAGGGUCCCCCCAGUGAGCUGGAGCAGAGAGGGGCACCAGGACCCCCCAACCCUUGGACCCUGGCCUUGAGCCUGCCACCGAGCCAGCCCAAUGUCAGCUUCACCUGUGUCCUCAGCAACCCAGUGGACCAGAAAAAUGCCACCUUACAGCUCCUUGACCUCUGUAGCCCAGCGCCCACAGCUGGCCACACGAGAGGUGCCAUAGGGGCCUUCCUGGCUGGGUUUUUCAUCCUGGGAGUCGGAGGGUUCCUGUUCCUUUGGCACUUACGAGAGAAGGAGAAGAAGAAGAAGAAGAAGAAGAAGACGGAGAUGGAGAUGGAGAGAGGGUUGGAGGUUUCCCUGGCACAGAAUCAAGCUCCAGUCUGUCAAGACUCAGAUGCGGGAUUGCCAGAGGACCCCAGGGCCAAGGACAAUGCAGUCUAUGCACAGCUGACGGCACAGGAUUCUCUGAAGGGCAAGCGGAAGGUGAAAACUGUGAGUGGUGACCAGCCAGGUCUCAUGGCACCCAGCCCUGGGCUGCCUGCCCAAAGCCAGGAUAUUGAUGACAAACAUCUGGAAGGAAAGGGGCCCUGCACCAGUGUUUACAGCCUGGUCCAGAGACCAGGCCAGGCCUUGAAGAUGACUUAUUAGGAGGAGGGAGGAGAACCCAGCACUAGGGAGACACCUGCACUCUGCACCUGACACCUGCGGAUACCUGCUUCCUCUGACUUCAGUCCAGCUCGAGAUGCCACUGGUCUGCAUGAGCCUGACCUGGUGGUCAUCUCUACCUCUGUGGGCCCAUGUGGCCCUGUCACUUCUCCUGCCACCUUCCAAGCUGCCCUCACACUCAGGGCUCUCGUGCCAUCCAGCCAGGGUUCUUCCUCUGUCACUGCUGUGGCUUCUGACCCCUCCCUUUCAGAAGCCUUCCCAAAGAGAUCCUUGCCCAACUCUGCAGCUGGCACAGCCUCGCCACCUCUGCUGCGUCAGUCUUGCCAUUCUGAGACCCCAGGUCUAGGUGUGGGCACCGUGAAGAGGUGCUGACUUGCCCCAGCGGAGGGGGUGAAGAUGGGUCCUGCCGCUGAAUUGGGGCUGAUGGAGGCAGCGUGGCGAGUGGGAGCCCAACUUCCUUUCUAGGUUUUCCUUCCUUUCCUUGUGUAGGGUUUCUCUGGAGCUAAGUGUGUGUGUGUGUGUGUGUGUGUGUGUGUGUGUGUGUUGGGGGAGUUUCUUGUGCACAUUAGACACCAGAGCCAGAGUGGCCUUUCCAGUUUCCUGUGCUAACCUGGACUUAAGCCUCAAACUCCUGCAAACCCAUCAUUCUGUGGACUGGGAAGAGGAAUCCAUAUUAUUUCAGGUCAUUCUCAACUUUCUCUUUUCCUGAGAAUGACCCUGGACUCCCCAGACUGGGGUUGCAUUUUUUUUUCCUUUUUAAAUGGCGUAUUAUAAUUUUAUAUGACAGUUUGACUUGCUAUGAUAUACUCAUAUGGGCACACAAUAAAACAGCAUAAUUGAAUCAA